AUGAAGAAGUUCAAGGAAUUUCUUACGGAGAAUGGUGUAAAUCUUUUGGAAAUGAGGUUCCUACCAGCACUAGACAAGAUGGGAAAGAUAUGCCAUCUCUACCUCAAUAGAGACCAUGUUAUCUUCCUCCACAACCUCUUCAAUGGUGAUGGAGUUCAGUCUAUUGCUCAGUUUCGCAAAAAAGCUCUUUUCGAUGACUAUCGCAUCUCCAGCCAGAAUGAGGACUGCAUUUCUUUUGCAGUAGACGUUUCUCUUCUCCACCGUGCCCUUCGUAGAAGUGUCAGCAUAUGUACUGAGUUUCUUAAUAUUUCCAUAAGCAAGUAUGGGGAUUUACACAUUCAGAUUUCCACAACAUUAAUCACACUUGGUGCUGAGUUUCAGACGCUGUUGGUCUUAGGUGAAAGAGCUGAUGCUCCAUCUGAAGAUCGAAACCUCAGUGCUCAGACUCGGUCAGCAAGGACGAUUUUGAGGGGAGAUGCUCAAUCUGUGGAAGCGAGUGUGAAGCAUUUUGGCAAGAGCCUUCAGUGCCAAUUGGGUAAGCCAAAUUACGCUUUCUAUGGGAUUGCUCCGCAAGGUACCGGUGCUUGCUGGACGGUGAUCUUCCAAUUUUUCAUUCCUGGUUCCCAUCAAAUGGACAAGUCAAUCAGUCUACAUUGCAGACUUCCUGUACGGGACCAAGGGUCAGGUUGA